UUUACAUUUAAUGGGGUGACCGUCACAGUGCCACCUCAAUCUCCAGAUAUCCGACGCCUCCACACCACUAACCUCCCACCUUAACUUCUGACCACAAAAAUGGCGCCACAGCGCAAAAUAGCCAUCCACAUCCGGCUUUUUCUACCAUGCGCCAGUGGUGCGACCCCAACUUUCAGAACCCUGCGUCGCUUUUCGUCCCAUUCUUUCGCUUCUGUAGCAAUAUUCAUAUUUUCACCUAAUCAUUACAUGAUCACGGAUAAACUCAUCUCUCUUGAAAUUUUAAUUUUGAUUUUUCCGUAAUUUGUAAUGGCUUGCAUUCAGCUGUUAAAACCAACUCCAUCAAAUUCACAGUCCAAAAUCGCCUGUUUCUACGCGGAUUUCAGUUUGCAGAAAAGGAGAAUAAGACUUCGGAAUUCAGGAAUCCAAAAUAAUUACAGGAGAUUUAGGGUUACUUGUAAAGUAGAAGACGGUGAUAAACAAAGUAAUGGUGAAGAACCUCCUGAGUCUUUAUUUACGAAGGAACUAAGACGAAGAGGGAUGACUCCCACUUCUUUGCUUGAGGAAAAGAAUAAAGAUUCUGUGAGAGAGGAGAUAAAGUUUAGGGAAGAAGAUGGGGGUUGGGGUUACUCAAGAAGAAAUGGCAUCACAACAGGUGCAGAAACAAACCUGACCGGUCAAAGGGAAAAGUCCAUGGCACUUAAUAGUGAAGGUCUUGAGUACUUUGGAGCAGAAUUUGUUCACGAUGGAUGUGAUAAUCCAGCAUCUCCGCCCCCAUAUGUUGAUCCUUAUGAAUUACUUGAAGAAGAGAGGAUGUAUAAGACUGCUCCCCCUCUUAAUUGAAGGACUACGAGCUUCGUGUAUAGCAGCAUUUCCACUUCAUCAAAGAUUGAGUUUCUGUAAAUCUCCCAUGCAUGUCAAUCACCUUAUAACUGAAAUGUGUAAAAGCAUUACUCUCUCAUGUCGGACUUAAUAUAAAAUGUUAUUCUGGUUA